AAAGUAAAAAAUCUAUUUUUAUCUUAAAAAUUGUGAAAUUUUAUGAAAUAUAGCAAAAAUAGUAAAAUUGCGAAAAAUGCCGCUUAAUAUAUUAGAUGAAGAGAACUUUAAUCAAUUUCUUUCGAAAUUGACUUAAAGUUUUGAGGAAAAUCGAAUAAGUAAAAAUAACUAAUAAUAACGGUUACACUGAAAGAGCCGGUCUCGUUAUCAACGUCGUGAGGUUUAUUAAAUAUGACCGAAUACGUAACACCGCCGAAUAUACACACCGUGCUGAAGAAAUAUCAAACAACUGCUCCGAAAAGUCUUCAAGGUCCCGGUCAUACUUUAGCGAAUACAGGGGGCGUCUGUCCCCCUGGUGCCAAUUGUGCUUUAGAUGCCAACAUUAAUGGCAAUGGCGGUUCUGGUGUUGGACCUGGUUUGGGUCCAAACGAUAUGCAUGGCUUGGCCGUUGGCAUGCGUUCGAGUCCUUGCGAUUUAGCCAAAACCGGUCAUUGUCCAUUGAAUACGCCAGCCUCCUCACAAUCAUCAUCUGCCAAUCCCGCCUUGCCUUUGAUAAAGAAGGAAAUAAUCACUUCACCAGAACCUGUUCCUCCUCCUCAACCUCCUCCCCCGCUUCAUGAGCUUCCGGAAGGGCCGCCAACUUCUACAACCGUGGCUGCUUUGCCAUCAAGCAUCAAAAUUAUGCCUCCGCCUCCACCUGAAGUAUCCCAGCCGAUAUUGUCAGCUGCCGAUUCCGGAUCAGGUGAACUUUACGAGACGCGUCUGGAGGGUAAGACAAUUGGGUGCUUUUCUUUGGGCGGCGAAAUGCGUCUUUGUUUACCACAAUUCCUCAAUAAUGUUUUGGCUGAUUUCUCGCUCGAACAAAUCAAUCGAAGCUUUGACGAAUUGGGCAUUUUUUGUUCUCAAUGCACACCCGAUCAGCUCAUGGAAUUUAAGGCAGCUAAAAUAUUACCAUCAGAUGUCAAGUCUAGCGGUCUCAUUACGCGUACCGAUGCUGAACGUCUAUGUGCCGUUCUCUUGCAUCGCUCUGACCGUAAUAGUUACAUUAACGUAGAAGAUAUACCUAAGGGCGCCAUCUCCUUUAAAGUCUAUCAUCGUUGUUUUGGGAAAUGCGAAGGCAUUUGUACACCGGAUAUGUAUUCUUAUACGAAACCUACUUGUAUUAUGUGUUUGGAGUGUAAAGGUUGGUUUUCACCCCAGAAAUUUGUAGGUCAUGUGCAUCGUAAAGUUGAGAAUCGUACUUGUCAUUGGGGUUUUGAUUCGCGCAAUUGGCACGACUACUUGCAUGUUGCUCUAGAUGUAGAAAAUCGUGAGAAAUAUCAAAAAAUUUUGGACGAACUGAAAGAAGUGGAGAUUAAGGAGCAACAGAAAGUUCAACAUGAGAUAAAUUAUUUGAAAAGAAAGGCUGACAUGCACCUGGAAAGUACAAUAUUGGUGCCAGCACUCGGUCUACCACCACCGCCUCCUCAUCAACCUCUUCCAGCCAGUGUAGUCAAGCAUCGUAACGAACAGCCUGACAUUCCAACAACAAAGAAACCAAAAAGCCUCGAUGAGGCUCUCGCAUACCAGCUUGAGUAUCAACAUUAUCAGUCGCUCAUGUAUAGCGCUCAUUGCGCUCAACAACAAAGGGUUGCAGCAGCAGCCGCCAAUCAGAUGUCCGCCUUUCGGCCGUGGCCGCAACCUAAGACUUUUCAACAUGCUUACAAUGCGGUUACGGCAGCAGCCCUUUCGACACUGCCGUACCUGAGCCAGGAACCCCCAGUAUUGCAGAAUCCGGAACGUGUGGUGCGUAGCAGCGAUCGCGAAAGAUUCGAGCGCACCUAUCAACCGAACGUCGCUUUGGCUCCUCGUAAAAGCAUUUUGUCGCAAGACCGUGAAAAAGAGCAGCGCGAAUUCCGCGAACGUGAACGUGAAAGAAUUGAUCGAGAACGAGCGCGAGAAAUAGAGCGUGAACGUUCACGAGAAAGAGAGAGAGAAAGAGAACUGGAAAGAGAACGAGAACUGCAAAGAAAGCAUCUACAGCAACACCAACACGAACAGCUGCAACAACAGAAAGCCAUUCACACUACUCAUGGUAGUGUAGUUGUUUGCGACACCGAUAUACAAAUAAAACAGGAACGGGCACCAACGCCCACUGAAAUGUCCUCAAUUUCCCCGCCUGUGGGUCACACAAAUGGUGACGAAAGGCAAAGCCAUGCAGAUUCUCUUGGAGAGGAAGCUACCAUAUCCAUGAUUUCACCCUUAGCCUUAAAUCGUAGUCAAUCAUCAUCAAUUCAACAUCAACAACAUCCAAGACGUCAUGCAUCAGCUUCUUCGUCAUCAUCGUCGACCUGUUCAUCAACACCACCUCAACCUGCCCUGCAUCCGAAGGCCCACAGUCACACUAGUAGCAACCAAAAGCACGCACAGCCACAAAGGAGCCAACAUGUGGUAGGCUUGCCUCCACAGCAAUAUAUGCGACAAUCACCAUCGCCUACCGUUGCUUUGAGCUGUAAUAAUUCCAAUUGCAGUAAUCCACGCAGUACACCCGAAGAAUUCGGCGGAUCUAAUGAAAUCACCUCAUCAACCUCACCGUUACCCAAUCAUCUUCAACAACAGCAACAGCCUCAACUCAACAACGCUCAAACGAUAAUAGCAACAGUAAAUCACCACAAUAAAUUAUUGCCCUCUUCGGCAGCUAUUAGCUACGGUGCUAAUCAUAACAAUCACAACGAAUUGACUGGACGUAUACGCAUCAGCAAAAAUUUAAUUAAUCAAAACAAUAUACUAAGAUCUCCUACACCUCCCCCACCUACAACUACUACAACACCAAAUCAACAUCUUCAUCAAUCACAGCAACAACAGCAAUAUGAAUAUUUCAAACAAAAUCAAAAGCAUUACCACCAUCAGCAUCAGCCUCAUCAACCGUUGACAACACAUCCCACCCAUCAUCAGCAUCAGCAGCAACAUCAUCAUCAUCACCACAACGUACAGAAUCAGCAACAAUCGCCUUCACCUACACAGUCUUCCGGCAACAGUAAUACGGGUCUUAAUUUAAGCACAAAUGCUACGCUGACUACAACAGCUCAACAUAGUAAAUCUUAUUUUCACCCUUCAUCGCAUGCGUACACAAACCAAAUUCCAGCACAUCCGCCACCAAACGGUCGCUCGGCAAUGAUAAACAGUGAAUUCGAAUUGUCUACCGACACGGAUGAUGAAAGUGUUAAUGAUGGCGAACCUGAUAGUAGCAAUAGUCUAACACCGUGGGACUUGGCAACGGAAGCGCUAAGAGAUUCACGUCCCAAAGAUCGCGGACGUUUGCUAAACAUGUUGCAAAGAAUUUUAAAUGAAAAUCAACACUAUCGUAUUCAAAAUCAACAACUCAAAGAGUUGCUUGAGUUACGAAAUGAACAGAUUAGUAAACUUAAUCACGAUUUGCAAGUUUGUCGACGUCAGCUAGACUCACUUCAGCUAAAUCACACGCAUGGUAAUGGCUUAAUUGCGAAACAGGUGCUUAAGAACAGUGAGGAACAGAUGCUUCUACGAGUUCCACUGAAAAAAUCACAACGUCGUGAACCUGGAAAGUACGAGAUAAUUUCGAAUGAAACAAAUAAAAGAAUUGUUAACCAUUCGAAUCAGAAUGGUGAACUGUUCAUGGAGCGUGAUUAUUGCCAGACAAACAAUUGUCAACAAGAAAAAUUUUAUCAACACAAUGUUACCAAGGAAAGGGAGCAUGAUAAUGUACAGCUUAAUUGUAUAAAGCGGGAGGUUAGUGAAAAUAUUGAAGAAGAUGAAGAAAUGGCGAAUAUACAGGAACUGACACUAGGGAAAGAUCAAGCAGAAAGCACGCGUAAACCUACAGAAGAAAACGAAGCUAGCGCGUCUGAUUCCGAACAAGAAGAAAUGGAAGACCAAGACAUGACUGAUCCUUCAUCAGCUAAUCGUCGCAAAAUUUCGAAUCACCGACACAAUUAUUGUGCCGAACGUCGCGAAGAAGACAAGGUCUCACAAAACUAUAACAGUCAGAAAGAUCAUAGCGAAGGGGAACGCGACGAAGAUGAAGACGAGGAUGAAGAUGACAAUGAUGAACCAAUUUCUCCAAAUCAUGUACAAGCCCCACACUGUCAGAGCAUAGGACAACCGCCAACGGCCACCACACCGUUAUCUCCUGAUUCAGCAGCUACGGCUGGGCAACUUUUCGACAGUAGUAACAGUAGUGACGAGACUUCAAUGAAAAAAGCCCAAAUGAGUGCCUCUAACGCUCUGGCCAAAAUGAAUGAUGAAGUCAACACCGAAAAUAGAGAAAGUAGAGAGGAAGGAGGGGAAAAAAAUUAUCACCGUCACCGUAACAAUAACAAUAAUAUUAUAUCAGAAAACGAAGCCGAAGGCGAUGAUAAGGAUAAUACAAAUAACCAUCAAGAUAAGAGGCAGCAUGGGGGAGCUUACGUACAGAAAAAAUCUGUCAUAAAAAAUUCCGCUUCCAAAAUUUUAUCAGCAGUUCCGCCUACGCCAACUGCUACUGCUACUACCACGGUUGUGCUGGCAACAAAAGCCAGCAAAAAACAAACGCCUACAACGAACAAUGACAUAGAAAUCAAACAGGAAUAUGUAUAAUUAAGGAAUAAUCACAAAUUUCAUUAUUUCACUCGUAAAAAAAGCCAAUAUUAGACUAAUACAUAAAAAAAAAAAAAAAAAAAAAAAAAAAAAAAAAAAGAAAAGGAAGAAAACUUUCGCAGUACAGCUUUGAAGACAACACCAACUUGACACUCGGCAUAAUAAUUUUGCAAACAAAUUUUCAAUAUUUUUUUAAUGCAAAAUACUCUCUAUCUUUAGACUUUUUUUUUUU